AUGACAACUCGACUCUCGAUCAGGACAACUGGACAAGCUCUAACACCGGCACCCAACAAGCCGCCCCAAAUAUCCCUCACAUACCUCCAGUCGACUAGUACCGGUACCGACAAGCAGUGUGAUACCGACAAGCAGCGAUAUCUCCUAUCGAUCCAUGAUGCCACCCGAGACAUCGAGAGGCCGAUUAUUAGCCGCUAUGUCAAUUCGUUCGAGAUACCCUAUGGAAUUAGUGCGUAUAGAUACAGGGUAACGACGACUCUUUCCGGCUAUCAGAACAUUGUUUUCUGCUUCUACCCAGUCGAGAGUGCCCCACCACUUGACAUGUCCCCGGGGUUGUAUCUAAGGAGACUCCUUGUGCUGUCACGUUACUUCGAUCCGGACACGCCACAAACUACCCCGCCUCCGCCUCCCGCUCCGAAGGUCGGAAUUGCUAGUCGGCAACGGUACUAUCAGUUACCAGUUGCUGACAGAAUGAAAUGUCUAUUGAAUUCACUAUAG